AUGCACAGGGACUGCAGCACAGGAGUGUACUGACAGGUGUCCAGUGCCAGGAUGCUGGGAUGACACCUCUGGAGGCCCUGGCGUCCCUCCUGCCCAGGUACUAGGAGCCGUCCCCAGGCUCCAGCUGGGAGCCCUGCUGCCCAAGGGCAUGGCCAAACCUUUCUUCAGACUCCAGAAGUUUCUCCGCAGAACACAGUUCCUGCUGCUCUUCCUCACAGCCGCCUACCUGAUGACUGGUAGUCUGCUGCUCUUGCAGAGGGCCAGAGUGGCCCUCCCACAGGCCCUCCGGGCUCCUGGCAGCCUGCAGGCCUUGCCGGUGGCCACUGUGGCACUGGGUAUGGGCCUUCUGGAUGGCAGAGGCCUCCAUGACCCCCACAGUAGCCCUGACCUAAUACUUGAUGUGGACACACUGAGGAGUCCUCUGGCCCGACUGCCACCUGGAAUCCGCUGGCCCCGCAGGAACCGCAGCUCACUGAGGCGGCGCUGGCUCCAUCACCUCAACAAUGACCCCCAGGGACCACCCACCCUGAGCCCUGAGGCCCCUGGACCAGUGAGCCGCAGCCAAGGCACUUACCUGGGAUGCUUCAGUGAGGAGGGCCAGGAAAGAACUCUGAAGGGGGCAGUGUUUUAUGACUUGAGAAAGAUGACCGUGUCGCACUGCCAGGAUGCCUGUGCUGAGCGGUCCUAUGUCUAUGCCGGCUUGGAGGCUGGUGCAGAGUGCUACUGUGGGAACCGGCUGCCAGUGACACGCGUCAGCCUGAAGGAGUGUAACCAGGAGUGCAAGGGGGAGAAGGGUGCCUUCUGUGGGGCUGUUCAUCGGCUCUCCGUGUACAGCGUGGGGCUGCAGCAGUCGGGCUCCAGGAAGCGACGGACUGCCACCUACCGAGGGUGCUUCCCGCUGCCAGAGAACAUCACCCACACCUUCUCCUCCUCCCUGACACAGGCCAACAUGACUGUGGAGACAUGCUCUGGAUUUUGUUCCCAGAAAGAGUUUCCUCUGGCCAUCCUCCGGGGCUGGGACUGCUACUGUACCUACCCUACCCCCCAAUUCAGCCUGCGGGAUGCCGUGGAUGGAACACUGUGCAGCCAGGCCCCUGAGGCUCAGGAGCUACCUGGCUACUGUGAGGUUUACCAGACACCUGUACAAGACACCCGGUGCACAGACAGGAGGUUCCUGCCCAACAAGUCUAAAGUGUUUGUGGCUCUGUCAAGCUUCCCUGGAGCUGGGAACACAUGGGCAAGACACCUGAUCGAGCACGCCACUGGCUUCUACACAGGAAGCUACUACUUCGAUGGAACCCUGUACAACAAGGGGUUCAAGGGUGAGAAGGACCAUUGGCGUAGCCGGCGCACCAUCUGCGUGAAGACACAUGAGAGUGGCCGGAGGGAGAUCGAGAUGUUUGACUCCGCCAUUCUCCUGAUCCGGAACCCCUACAGAUCUCUAGUUGCUGAAUUUAAUAGGAAAUGCGCUGGACACCUGGGCUAUGCCCCUGACCGCAACUGGAAGAGCAAAGAGUGGCCAGACUUUGUGAAUAGCUAUGCCUCCUGGUGGUCCUCGCAUGUCCUAGAUUGGCUCAAGUACGGGAAGCGGCUGCUGGUCGUGCACUAUGAAGAGCUGAGGCGCAGUCUGGUGCCCACGCUGCGGGAGAUGGUGGCCUUCCUCAACGUCUCCGUGAGCGAGGAACGGCUUCUCUGUGUGGAGAACAACAAAGAGGGCAGCUUCAGGCGACGUGGCCGGCGCCCUCAUGACCCGGAGCCCUUCACCCCGGAGAUGAAGGACCUGAUCAAUGGCUAUAUCCGGACAGUGGACCAGGCUUUGCGUGACCACAACUGGGCUGGCCUGCCCAGGGAGUAUGUGCCCAGAUGAUAGGCCUACCCUGGCUACCUGGUCCUGCUGAGAUGCAGCUGGACUAACGGGCUGAACACUGCUCUAGUGCACUGAUCUGUGGACCCCUGGGCUGCAUGGCUGCUGGCACACAGUCAGCAAGGUGUUCUCGCGGGUGCAACUUCAUGAGCAGGGGAUCCACAAAGCCUGCCCAGACAGAUGCGCAUCGCAGGACACUCCUUGCCAGACACUUGCACAUCAUCAGACACACUUAGACAUCAUCCACCACUCACAGUGCCCAUCUUAAUGUGCCUAAGCUGUUUGAGUAGGGUGGAGCAGACACUCCCAGCUUUGCAAACACAGCCAGAUGUGGACACAUACGUACAGGUGCCAGGGUGUAUGCUUACAGAGACUGACUGUCUGCCUCAUAUAGACACACGUGCACACACUCAAGGCUAUGGGAGGCCUUUGGCUUCCUGGGUCCAGCUGGGCACAAACUGGACUUUUGGGGCCCUUGGCUCUGGGGGCUGGCGGUAUUGCUCCAGGCAGUACAGUGGGAACUGGGGGGAUGGAGGAGGUACACAGAGUAUUGCUGAUGGGUACUGUGUGACCCUGGCUGCGUGUCUGACAUCCCAUAAAUAUGUGUGCUGUGACA